AUGGCUGACGCACCCAAGGAAACGCCCAUCAGCUCGGUGCUGGUCGAGUCUCUGGUGAUCAUGAAGAUCAUCAGGCAUGGCGCCAGCACCUUCCCGACCCCCGCCACCGGCGCCAUCGUCGGCAUGGACCAGAACGGCGUCCUCGAGAUCACCAACACCUUCGCCUUCCCGACCGGCGACGUCGCCAACACCGACGGUGCCCACCAGAAUGACGCAUCGGCCCUGGCCGCCGCCGCCCCGCGCGCCAAGGCCAACAUGGUCUACCAGAACGACAUGAUCAGGCACCUGAAGGAGGUCAACGUCGACGCCAACGGUGUCGGCUGGUACACCACGGCCGCCAUGGGCAACUUUAUCAACCUCAACUUCAUCGAGAACCAGUACCACUACCAGAAGGACAACGACCAGACCGUCGCCCUCGUCAACGAUGUCAGCCGCAGCUCCCAGGGCGCCCUCAACCUCCGUGCGUUCCGGCUGUCGCCCGCCUUCAUGACCAUGUUCAAGGAGGGCAAGUUCACAACCGAGAGCCUCCAAAAGUCCAAGCUCACCUUCAAGGACAUCCUGGUCGAGCUUCCCGUCACAGUCCACAACUCGCACCUCCUCACCUCGUACAUUCACCAGUUCCCCGGCUUCCCCACCAAGGCAGAGGUAGACAUGCCCGCCUCGGUCUCGGACAUCCUCAAGGCCGACGUCAAGCUGCCUCUGUGCCCGUCGGUCGACACGCUCGACCUCUCGAUAGACCCCUUCCUCGAGAAGUCGUGCGACCUGCUUCUAGACAGCAUAGAGUCGCACUACACCGAGCUCAACAACCACCAGUACUACCAGAGACAGAUGGCGCGCGAGCAGACCAAGAUCACGGCAUGGCAGACGAAGCGCAAGGCGGAGAACGCGGCCCGCGCGGCGGCGAAGCAGGAGCCGCUGCCGGAGGACGAGUGGCAGAGACUGUUCAAGAUCCCUCAGGAGCCUAGCCGCCUGGAGGCCCUCCUGAACGCGAAGCAGGUGGAGCAGUACAGCAAACAGAUCGACGGCUUCACGGCCAACGUGAGCGCCAAGAUGUUUGCCGUGCGGGGCAACCUGAUGCCCGAGUAA